AUGAAGGUGUUGACUGGACUAGCUGUUUCUCCUACUGGUGUGUACGCUCGUAAAAGUCAAAGCCCCAACUACUACCCCAUCCUUCUCCUUAACAAGGUCCCAAUUCAUAUGUCGGGAGAUGGAGGCACAUUGAUAAUAGGAGACAGGGAACAUCCUAUGAAUGUCUGGAAGAAAGAAGCGGCGAUCCCCUAUAUGCCUCAACCACUUGCAAUGUCCACCAUAUAUGGAUGGUUGACAUCAAACCUAGCGGAGUCAUUCAAUGCUUGGAUCAAAGAAGCUCGUUAUUUGCCAAUUACCCAAACACUUGAUAAUAUUCGUAAGAAAAUGAUGAGGAUGAGUUUUGAAAGGCGGGAGGCAUCCCACAAGUGGACCACAACAUUUGUUCCUACUGUGGAAGAGCACCUCAUUCAAAUCAAUGAGCAAUCACAUUGUCUUUUUGUUAUUCCUUCUACUACGGGAAGGUAUGAGGUCUAUGAUUUCCCUACCGUUGAAGUAGAUUUGAAUGAGCAUACAUGCACUUGUCGUGAAUGGCAAGUUGUUGGGCUACCUUGCAAACAUGCGGCUACGGCAAUUCGACAAAAUAAUGACAUACUUUACUCAUAUAUUUCUCACUACUUUAGUGUGGAAACAUAUCGCAAAUGCUACUCCUUUCCUAUAUACCCAAUUCCUGACGAUGACAAGCCACAUGUAGAUGAUGAAAAUAUGGUGAUUCGGCCGCCGACAACAUCAAUUCUUCGUGGAAGACCAAGAACAAAGCGUAUUCCUUCAGGAUUGAAUCCCCAUAAAGAGUUAAAAUGUAGUAGAUGUCAACAGUAUGGUCACAACCGUAGAACAUGUAGACAACCUAUUGCAGACUAG